ACAAGGAAAAUGCCGAGCCGGCGUUUAAUAAUAGUAAUCCCGAAGGACCAAUCGGGUAAGCUAUCUGUUAUCUCGAGAUCUAGAGUACCUCCGCACCCAAACGCCCGUCAGUGGUCAGGGUCGACUUGCAAGCGACGCUUACACUUUCUCUGCUUUUCUCCCAUCGACUAUGGUCGAACAGACGACGGCUGAACCUGUUUCGUGUUAUUGUUCCGGCGGAGAACACCUUUAUCUCAUAUCUCACAUGAUCAUAACGCAGUAUUUCUGGUGCGAUAACGGGUUUAGACCUCUUCGGGUAAACAAAUGAAAUGAUAUAUGAAGCAGAUUAAAAGGUCACUUCUUAUUAAGAACACAGGUCGAAUCCAAGGUUCACUCAAACACCGCCAGAAAAGACAAGAACCACUCAAAUAUGUCUUCGCCAGACCGAAAGUCGGAAGAGCUGGUUGUGCAGAUGCCAGCGCUCGAAACUAGUAUUAUGGAGGUUGAAGUGGUCCCGCCACCACCUAAACCACAGUCGAAGUGGAUGGCCAUUUACCGAAGUUCUCUUUUCCAGAUCUGCGUUGUUUCAGCCCUCGCCUUCUGUGGCCCUGCUAUGGCUGAUGCGAUCAGCGGUCUUGGUGGUGGUGGUCAAGCUACUCCUUACACAGUUAAUGCCGCCACAUGUGCUUCAUACUGUGCUGUCGCUGUAAUCUCCCUUCUCGGUGGUCCUCUUGCAUCUCGUAUGGGCAUCAAAGGCAUGCUCAUCGCCGGUGCCGCCACAUUCGCUAUUAAUGGUUCCGCUUACUACGUGAACAGCAAAUACGGUGUCCAGUGGUAUCUCAUUUUCGGUCGUUUUCUCUACGGUGCCGGUUUCGGUUUUUGGUAUGUUGCUGAGGCUGCCAUCAUUUUAUCAUAUCCUGAAGAAGGCCGACGAGGCAAAUAUCUUGCCAUCUGGGUCGGUUCUCGUAACCUUGGUCAACUCGUCGGCGGAAGUAUCUCCCUCGCCCGGAAUGCCAAGACAGCCGCUGCUGGUGCCAUCGCCACAUCUACCUAUCUCAUUUUCGUCGCUAUUGAGGCCAUUGGCUUUCCCAUCUCAUUCCUUAUCUCCCCUCCUCACAAGGUUCGACGAUCUGAUGGUGUCCCCAUCGUCUUGGCUGCAAAGAAGCCUUGGAAGUACGAGUUCCUCGACCUUUACAGGGCCAUCAUUUCCCCUCGAAUGCUCCUCCUCAUGCCCAUCGGUUUCUACUCCUACUUUUACGGCGGUGUGCUCUCCACAUACCUAACAAACUACUUCUCCGUCCGUGCUCGAGCGUUGUCAUCUUUCAUUGUCCCUACCGGUAUCAUUGUUUUCACUGGUAUCUACGGUAAAUUCUUCCUUGAUAACAAGCAUUGGACACAACGUCGCAGGGCGCAAAUUGGUUUUGCUAUUUUCAUGAUUCCCUCUUUGGCGUCUUUCGGCUGGCUCUGUGCCAAUCAGGCCAAGUUCCUCAACACCAGUCCCAAGUACGAUUGGAACUCCGCCGGAUGGGCCAACGCCUACGUUCCUUUCUACAUCAUGCAGGUCUGCGGUUACCUCUGUCAAACUUACAUCUACUGGCUCAUCUCCUGUUUCACAACCGACGUUGGUGGAAACGCCCGUAACGGUGGUAUCUUCCGAUGCGUUGAAGCCGUUGGACAAGCUGUCUCAUAUGGUAUCAACUCCAACGCCAAAACCCGUUUCAUCCCUUUGGGUAUCAACUUUGGGCUCGCUGUCCUCUGUAUUCCGUCUACAUAUGUCAUUAUCCAGCAAGUUCCUCACUACAGGGCCGAUGAUGUCAACCGACCAAUCCCUUACGGCCAAGAAGAGGGAACAGGCUCCGUUGCGGAAGAGAUUGAUGAUGAGCUCAAGAAGGAUGCCGAGCUUCGAAAAUAAGAGGGUGUAAGCAAUAAAGUUUUUGAAAUCGGGUUAGGGGUAUUAGUUCUCUCUAAAUUGGUUGAAUUUUUCAAUUCGUGAGGUCAUAUUGUAGAUUGGUUACUUUAGUGGAUUGUACUUUUCUCCAUAUUAGGUUAUUAUGAUUUAUGUUUAUGUAGAGGGUCAAC